AUGCCAGCUAGUGAGGGAGCUGGGCACCAGGUCAUGGACGGCGGUCGAGAAGCGUUUUGGUGGAUCGAGAUCCGGCAAAAGCUGCCGCUUGCGGCCCAAGCCCAGGAGUGCUACACCAACAGGUGGGCCGCCAUCGCGCGGCUGCUGGAGCGCCGCACCGACAACGCGGUCAAGAACCACUGGCACGCCACACUCAAGCGCAAGGCGCUCGCGGGGACGCUGCAGAACAGGUUUAUCGAGCAAGGCGCGACCCUGGAGUGGCUGCUGGCCAACAGGGAGCCUGAGGGCGUACGAGACACCGCAGCCGCCGCCGUCCGCCGCAGCCACAAGGUGCGCGUUUGGAGGAGGCUGUGCGCCCAGGCGCUGCUCUGA